AUGGUAGCGCACGCUUAUGCUCCGCGGGAGGGGCGAAUCCAUUUUGACGACGACGAAAAAUGGACCGAGAAGGGUGGAUUUUGGAGUAGAUCACAAAGCUUGCUGUUUACCGCGGUCCACGAGAUUGGCCACGCUCUGGGUCUCAACCACUCCAACAGAAAAGACUCCGUCAUGUGGCCAGAAGCCAGGACGUUAGAGCAAUACGGCAGUUGUUCAGUAAGUCUGUUGUUUUCUCUCUCAAUUUAGAUGGUUGGAUGUGUUUUCUGUGCCUGAUGUUGUCUGUUUGACCAUGACCUAGGCAAAAAGUAAAAUAUGAACAGGUACACCUCAUCAGGAAUGACUGUUUUGGAGUUGUAAAUCGUCAUAGACAAAAAAAUAUAUAAUAAUGGAAACGGUUCCUUGAUAAAAUGCAGUGAAAGUCCCAAAACUGUUUUUUUUUUUCUUUAACGGCUAAAGACUUUUAUUAAUAAAAUGAAGCACUUGAACGUUCAUGUGCCCAUUUCUUUUCACAAGACUGAAAAGUCUGAGAAGAUGACAUUGUAACAAUGAAAAAUCAAAGUAGGAGUUGCAACACAAAAGUUGCAGCGUGGGGUCUGCGAUACAGAAUUAUUUUCUACUUUCGAGAUUUACUCGAGUUUGCUUUCUUGAUUCAGUGAGGGGUGAAUUGUGCCAAUGCUUCCUUUUCGCUUCCUGCCUUUUUUGCGCUCUCAUUGAGCGACACACUUCUUUAGCAUAGAUGUAUGACGUUCUGUAAGUUGUUACGGUCGUAUUUUGUCUUACUUUAAGCUACCAACAGUUCGUUCUUCCUUUCAGAUUAACGCUGAUGUUGGUGUAAUCGACAGUAAUGAGUUUGUUAAAGCGAAUCAUACUACUAACAAUGAGUUUAAAUAAAGAAGUUAAAAGAAGAAAAAAAAAUUUCCAAGAUACUUUGUGUAUUGGUCCUCGCUAGCUAUAGAGAAUAAUUGGGCAGAGAGGGAAUCUUAGGGCGUUGGCAAGGAUAUGAGAAUUUCACAAAAGUUAUUUUGAGAAGCUGCAAUAAAACGGAAGACCAACUCCUGAGACGUCCGCAGUCCACGCGCGAUUGUCUCAAAAUAAACAGUGCAGAAUAUUGCAAUGGUUACUGCUGAAUUCUUUCUUAACAAUACUGAAUAUAAGUUUGCAGACCUCUCCAGGAACCAACCUCCGAUUAAUUUUAAGCGUUAAAUUGGUCUUAAGACUGGGCGUUUUCCCCUACGGUCCCAUUACUAUUUCUUAAUAAUUAUUUUUUCCGAUGCACAGUUAACCAGGCAAGCAACGAGAGAGACGUAGUUGGGCGCUUACCUGAGUGGUUGUUGGGAGAGCCGAGUGGGGGGCAGGGUUCUGUUAAAGGCUUUUUUUUCUGGAUAGUUGGCUGUUGAUUGUAUCUAAAAAGCCACAAUAUAGCAGUUCAGGACAAAAAAAAACGUGACCUGAUAGAAAUAUGAAAUUAAUUGCCAUGAACGUGUAACAAUAGAGCGUUUUCAGUCACUUGGCAAAUAGCUAUGCAAAUCAAUGGUAAUAAAAGAUAGUUUUUGCAUUAGAAAAAAAAAAUUAUUUUACCACAGGACUGAUUUGAACAUCAACAUGUCCGCCGUUUCGUUGUUUUGGGACACCAAUAUGGUUGACGUGUUAUCAUUUGAAAACUCGCUGUAUACAGGCGCCUAGUAACAUAAAGAAGCGGAUCUUAGCUUUCUACGGCUUAGUGUGGUCCAGAACAUUUGAAAGAAUUUAUGGUUUUUAUUUCGUUAAUAUUACUUAAAGCUUCCUCCAAAGGCGUUCCUCCAAUAAUAAUUUAAAAAAAUGGUCGUUAACUUUUUGAAAGGGCCAAUCUAAAGCAUGCAACACAACAGUCUACACUCGGCUGUGACUGAAUAGAAAAACAAAACUAAAGAAAAAUAGGUCAGGAAUCUUCCCUGCCUUUUUCACAGGAUGUUCUCAAUUGUUACUUGCUUAAAAAAGAUUCUUAACAGGUGCAAACCCAAAGGACAGACGUUUUUUUUUUUUGAACAUCUCAGUGUUAGGUUGCGUGUAAAAAGGGUAUUUGUGGUUACAAAAAAAGAAAUGACCUUGUCAUCAGUACUUAGAACCUCUUGAAAAGUGGUGCUCAUUUCCUCUAACUACAGUGAAAAGGAGGCAAACCGUGUGGUCGAUGGCAUUCCGUCCAACCCAAAAUGAGAGGGGAAAAAACAUGUUUUUGUCUAUUCCACAAGAUCAAUUUCCUUUCAAAGCGAAAUGAAGAGUGAUCGUAUUAACACGAUAAUUUUAUCAAAUUUAAUAUAUUGUCCCAUUUAUCAUUUUAAUUACGCAUAUAUGGGAUCAUCGCGACAUAAAGCAAUACACUGAAAGUGUGCGAUAUUACAAUGAGGCCGCAGCUUUAUUGUUAUAUUUCAUUCAACUGAUUCAAGGAUCAACAAUUGACAAAUGGUUCAAAAAUUCCUUUCGUUGAUAACCAGAAAGGUGUUAAAAUGCUUUGUACCUUCGUGGCUUUCUCUCUUGUCCUGAUAAACAGUGUAGUAAGUGAAGUUGACCCUGACGACGAGAAAUUUGCUACGGUAAGUCAAAACACCGGGAAGGAAUAACGCCUCUUGGGUUGAUUACACGUAUACGUAUGUAAAGGCAAAGGGAAUCAGUUUCUGUCUUGAAAUUGAAGGUGCAAUAGAUCCAGUUAUUUUCAGGGAAGAGUGUUUUUCAGAAACUAGAUCGAUCUAGAGUCGCACAAAUGCUUCCUCACCAUACGACUUUCCAAAACAGAGGGUUCCAGUCUUCAAAUUCCUACAGAAAGUUAACGUCCUAAAUUCGGGAAAAAAAAUAAACAUAUAAUAGCAAAGGAGACCAGAUCAAAGAUAUCGUCAAGAGCGAGAGCAAAAGUGAUUAUCCAUUACUUCAAAUAGCUCUUUAUGACGUUUAUACUAGUAUCAUGCAGUCUGUGAGAAUCAAUGAACUCACCCCUUAAUUACAACCUAUAGUAAACAUUGAGCAAAUGACGAGAGCUGUUAGAAUUUUGUAACUGAUGUUUCUACCUCUUGUUUUUUUGGGCGAUGAUCUGUUUUUCUCGAACCCUCAUUUAUCCUACAAGUGAAACACCAUUGCCUAAAGCCUAAAGCAGUGGGAAUAAACGACUAGACUAUUCCCAUGUAAGAAAAUCCAAGACAGUCUUGGAAUUCUGGAUUCCACGCCGUGGAUUCCAGAUUUCAGGAACUGGAUUUUAGUCUUUGUCAGUGGAACUUGGAUUCUGGAUUCCAAUCGUUAGUGGGAUUCUGGAUUCCUUGAGCUGUAUUCCAGACUCCAACGCCCAGGAUUCCGGACUCCACAAGCAAAAAUUUCCCAGAUUCUGGAAUCCGGAUUCCCUUUCAUGGGGCGAAUUAGAUCACCGUGCCCUUUGCACUCAUAAUGAAUUCUACUGAUAUUUUACUUUCCCGAUCUAUCCGUGUAAUAGAAUCUAAGUCUGCAAGAACCAGCAAGAAAUGAUAUUUUUUUAUACAUUUUUUCUUUUCAAUCUAUGUUGAUUAAACUCUACAAAAUUUAUCCAAUGUGCAUGCUUGUAUUUUUAAGAAGAGCUAGAGUGCACAGUUUUUAUUCGCCGUUUUUAUGCAUGGGUUAUAUUAUACCUGAAGGUAGGUUUCAUGAGCCUGAUUUCAAACUCUAGUGUAGAUCAUUCCAUUCCUUGGCGCAGUAAGGUUUUUAGUCUGCUGAUUUUCUUAUUUGUUUAAGGUAAUUUUGAAGCAUAUUCUUUACUUAGAAAUUUCAUGAAUAGGAGUUAGCAUUUAACUGCCGUUUGCAUUUUUCAUAUCAAAAUGUCUUCGUGUUUCUUUGGCACUACUCUUUUAGCUCGAUAUUUGAGCUUAUAAAGGAUAAUAUGGUACAUAUAUUCCUUUUGUUAACCAGCGCAUUGUAUUACUCAUAAUUACAAUCUGACCUUCAAUAAAGUUCCAAAAAACUUUGAACUUUUUUAGAAGCAUCAAAACAUAACACUGAACCAUGGCCAAUAUUAACCAAGGCUAUUUUGAGCCACAUUUUUUGGAUAUUGCAUACCAAGUAACCCUUAAGAUGAAAAGUGUUUCGAAAAAAACAUACCAUUAAAAGCGACUAUCCAAAGUUAUUAUUAAUAUUAUUAUUAUUAUCAUAAUUGUUACAUAUAAAGCAUCUACUUUCAGCCGAAGCCACUUAAUGAAGAGUUGAAGAAAACUUAAGGACCUAGCCAAACUGUCAGACAGGAAGGUCCAAUCUCGUUUACUGAAGGUCAUUUCUGAAUUUGACAGCCAUUUACUUUUAUAACGGACAUUUAGUAAUUCAUAAAAAUUAGUCAGAGCAAACCAAUUCCAAUGGAGACUUGAAAAUCAGAUCGUUAUACACUGGGCUCUAAACAACUAUUAUCACUACACACGGCGAAAUGACAAACUACCCUCUCUGAAACGCUCCUUUUCGCGAGCCAAACGGCAAAGUGCGGGCUGUAAAUGGAAUUUGCAGCCCGCAACAUGAUUUCAUGUUAAAAAAUAUUUUCUUAUGAAAUAAAUUUCUACGGUUUGGCCUUGUAUAUUGAUACUAAUGAUAAUCACAUGACUUUUGGAGGUCAUACAGUUUAUUUGUGUCCCGACGUAGCAUCAUUUGCAACUAUAUGCCCUCAAGAAGACACGUGCUAUAUAUAUAUAUAUACAUAUAUAUAUUUUUUUUUUUCAGAGUAACUUUAACUUUAUUUAAAUUUGGAAAUAUAACAAAAAAAGAAAGAAAAGAAAUACAUUGGGACUGGCCUGCAGUUAGCGAGGCUAUUCGAGGCAGGCCAGGCUACAUAAUUUACUACAAACUAGACAAAUACAAAGAAAUUAGACGUUAUGUAAGUAUAUAUAUUUUACAGUAAAUUAAUACCAUUCUACUUGAGUACAAGGACAAUAUUAAAGUGAAAUUUUAAAAAUAAAAUAAAAUGAAAAUAAAGGACAAGAGGUUUACUUUUUCCUUUUCACAAUAAUUGUAUCCACAUCGAUAUAAGAGUCUUCAGUUUGAAGGAUAUCGAGUAGCAUUGCUUUAAAAUAAUUAUAGUGAUCUUUUAAAAGCUUUUUUCGGUCUUUCUUUAAGAAUUGAUUUGAUUGUCCUAUUCUUGCUGGGCAAGUACCUUUCAAGGCUCACUUGCCAGAUGGGCAAGGCAGCAGAAAAAACGAGCAGGAAGUUUUCCCGGGCAAGUAAAAUGUAAGAGCUGCUUGCCCAAUGAACAAGCUAGAAUUCCGAGCAUCCGAAUAGGACAAUCACAUGUAACUUUUGGGGGGCAUAUAAACUAUAUGUCCGACAAAACUCAUGUGAUAAUCAUUUUUAUCAAUACACAAGGCCAAAUCGUACGAAUUUAUUUCAUAUGGAAAAAUUGUUUAACAUGAAAUCAUGUUGCGGGCUCCAAAUUCCAUUUAAAGACCGUACUUUGCCAUUUGGCAGGCGAAAAAGAGCGUUUUAGUGUGGGAAUUUUGUCUUGUGGCCGCGUGUAGUGAUAAUAACUUUUUAAUUUUAAUUUCAGCCCUGUAUUUAAUCUCCCAGUGUAUAGCUCCUCAUGUUACGCUACUUUAAUAUGCCCUACGCAGAAAAGUGUGAGCAAACGGUUUAGUUAUCUGGAAAAUUCAGCAACAUUUAUUUAUUAACUUUUAUUUGCCUUUAUCACAUACCCUUUCAUACAAUUUAAAAUUAAGACUAAAUUAAGGCGAGGAGAUCCCAAGAAACCAAAUUGAAAAUGAUUACAGGUGAGACUUUCUGUAAAUAUUAAUGCAGAUGUAUCUGUAGUGGUUCAAUUUAUCGUUGUUUUAUUGUAUUUUUCUUUGCUUCAAACUGAUUGUCAAACCCCAAAACCGAAAACAAGGAGAAACAAAAACGGUGAGCUCCAAGGAUAAAAUGAAUCGGCAACACAUCUAUUAAUAAUCGCGUUAUCUUUUUUACUUUAGGAGUACUUGAAGUUUUACCACUACAUCUCACCAACAGACACCGGUAACCAUAACACCACAUUAGCCAUCGAGAAGUUCCAACGAUUCUUUGGCUUGUCUAUAACUGGUACCCUUGAUGACGAGACUUUAGAAGUUAUGCACAAACCCCGUUGUGGAGACCCGGAUGUCAAUGACGCAGGCACACGCGUGAGACGGUACGCAACCAGGGGAAUAUGGAAUAGGCAAAACCUGACCUAUUAUUUGUCGUAUGGGAAUGAUAUGACGCAUUCUCAACAAUCACGAAUCAUUGCCAGAGCCUUUAAAUACUGGAGUGACGCAGCACCAACUUUGAACUUCACUAGAACCUAUAACCCUAACACAACCGAUAUAAAAAUCAGGUAGGUUUGUGAUUUAUUAUUGAUGAUAAAGCUCAAAUAUAACGCGCCCGCUGCUGAUUGGUUGAAUAAGAGUGCUUUAUGAGAGUACAAGACAUGAAGCUAAAGCUGUCCCGCCAUUUGCCAAUAAUUUGUUCUGAAAAUUAGAAAGUAAUGCGGCGUGGGAAAUUUGUAUAGGUAAUAGUAUGAUUUGUAGUGAUAUUUGACAUAAAUACCACGAGUGAUCAGUAUUUCAAAAUUGUUAUAGGUAAUUUGAGACAAUUUUGAAAUAUCACUAGUGGUAUUUAUGCCAAAUGUCACGUACAAAUCAUGCUAUUUUAAUAGCAUUUAAUAAACAAUUAAAAUUGUUUAUACUACUACCCGUAGAAGGUUUGUAAUUUUCACAUGUAGGUAUUUCAAAUUAAGCUGAAAUACCACUGCUCUGAGCCAAUCAAAUUGCAGAAAUUUCUCAUGUAGUAGUAUAAGUAUGGGUAAUAGCAUGAUUUGUAGUGAUGUUUGACAUAAAUACAACGAGUGAUCAGUAUUUCAGAAUUGUUACACGUAAUUUGAGACAAUUUUGAAAUAUCACUAGUGGUAUUUGUGCCAAAUAUCACCUACAAAUCAAGCUGAAAUACCACUGCUCUAAGCCAAUCAAUUUGCAGAAAUUUCUCAUGUAGUAGUAUAAAAGAUGAAAGAAAAGGACUGGAAACAGACUAACAGAGUACUUUUCGAGCUCUAGCCGCUCCAGGUGCAUGCGUUAAAACAGAACAGAGCACAGUCAAGGCUUCCUUAUUUGUUAAUCAAACUUUAAGUAGCACUUUUCCUUACCCUUCCCUUCCCUCUUUGGUUCUAAUGUACCCAAAUGGGAUGGUAGGUUUACCCUCUCCUCUGCUCAGUAGUAUAACAUAUAUAUGUAUCUGGGCUUUCCCGGCUUUUUACACAUGCACGAAAUAAUCGGCCACUAUGGUGGCAAAAUUCAUCCCAAAAUGGAUUCAUCCCAAAAUGGAUAUUGCAGGUCGAUAAAAUCUCACAUUCAGGGUGUAAGAGAGUGAAGGAAGGGGGGGGUGAGGGUUGAUGUCACCCACACCUAUUGUUGUGUUUCGGAUUUCAUCCACAUCUUUACUUAUUAUUCUAAUCAUUAAACACAUUUUGACAAAAUCUUUUGGUCACCGCUUGCUAUGGUAACGACUUAUGACUUCCUUAGUACAAAGAGUUCAUGCUCGCAGGUUUUCUCUUUUUCCUGCAAAAGUAUUUAAAAAUAGCAUCAACGAAGAGUAGGAAAUUGUUGUUUUUGUUGUUAUUUUUUUUCCAUUUUUUCAUAUUUUUACAUUUUUGAUGAUGAUGAUGAUGAUGAUGAUGAUGAUGAUGAUGAUAAUGAUGAUGAUGAUGAUGAUGAUGUUAUAAUGACGAGUUUCACCGAUAUUUUAAAAACAUGUAUACCGAUACAUCUCUGCCUUAAGUGUAUAAUGGGACUACGGUACGCUUGGCUACCACCGGCCCACUGUUUUAACAAAACGAACACAUCAAUAUUGACUUUAUUAUAAGUUUACUUGGAUAAUAACGAAUAUUUUUUGUACUAAAGAUUUAGACAAAAGAACGUUACAGUUCUUUGAAAGGAAGAUUUAUUAGCUCCCCCCACCUCGAUUGAGAUACCUCUGUUGAAUAGGCGCCCUCAUCUUAGCCGAAAUUCAGGAUUGAGGUGACGGGGUGCUUAUACGGUAUGAGGCACAAUAUGGUGUGAUAUAUUUAGUUUUAAUUUUCACAUAUCAAUUGCAUUGAAUCUGAACCUUUGCAGCUUUGGACGAAGACAACACGCUGGAGUCCCAAAUGAAGGAAAUUGUCCUUACCCUUUUGAUGGACCAGGAAGGGUCAUUGCGCACGCUUUUUUCCCUAUUCCAAACUUUUUUAGGCGAGGCCGAAUCCAUUUUGAUGACGAUGAAACGUUUACAAAGUUUGGUAAGCUAAUAUAUCAUAAGUUACUCAAAUAUACUUAGACUGUGGAAACCAACAACAACAACAAAAAAAAUUAAUGAAAAUUGGAAAUAUAACUAAUUAAAUUACUCUCCCACCCGCAAAUAGCUUAUAAUUAAACCAAUCGAGGCGGGGGGAGCUGAAGACAUAUUACAAGUACAAGGUUUAUCUGUAGAUGGACUAAAUAACAGUGACGACAGUACCAUUAUUAUUACUAUUACUAUUUAAUUUGUAUGAUGUUUGUGAUGUCCAAGUGUGGCAAUGGUUUAAAACUAUAGCUAGUAACUAUUGCAGAGAUGGCAUCUGUUGGAAGGUCCCUCUGAAAAACUACACACUCUUCACAGGCUAUCAGGUAUCAGGGGCGGAUCCAGGGGGAGGGUGAAGGGGGGCCCACCCCCCCCCCCCCCCCGGGACGACCUGCGGUUUUCUAAUACAACUGAUAUUCUGCAGUAGAAGCAAGAUUCUGAAGUAGAGCGUAGAGCAAGAGACGAGUGUAACCCCUCCUAGAAAAAAUCCUGGAUCUGCCCCUGGGUAUUUUACAACUUUUAACGUGUUCUUCUGAAUAAGGUUUCAGGGUUUUCGCAGGACAUUUUUUCCUUGAAAAGCUCAUUUAUACGUGGAUAACAAGAAAAACCAUCGUACAAAAUCAACUAUAUAUCGUUUAUCUGUAAAACAUUUAAAUAAAUAUAUGAUCUUCUCCGUUGUAAUUUCAAACUUGGGGCUAAAUUUUUUCCAAGCAAUCAAUUUGCAAUUGCUUAAUAUGAAUCAUUUGCAAUUGCUACUGCAACAAUCACUCAUUCAUUCAAAUUUGUCUUAACGCAGUUCACUUUAUCCGAUCUUCAUUCUCAGUACGAAACACCUUUUUUUAAACUUUGAAUGUAGGUGGUCAGUCGUUUGGUUGGUUUUGGUACCGACGGCGAACCAUAGGGCUCCUUUACACGGCGGUGCACGAAAUAGGGCAUUCAUUAGGCCUUAUGCAUUCCGAUGUAAACAGCGCGGUUAUGUGGCCUAUAGCAAGGGCGGGCACACCAGUCAUGGACCAGGAUGACAUUGAUGGGAUAAACGCUCUUUAUGGAGGAGGAGGAGGAGGGGUAAGUAAAUAGACUGGGUAGGAUGGGUCAGGGUUAGGAUUAUGGUUUAGGGUUACGGGUUAAGGCUAGGAUUAGGGUUAGGGAAGAAAUACGAGCUCCCCUAAAAACGCCUGCGUGGGAGGCUACCUCCGAACCGACUCGGUCGCCGUACGCGUAAAAUAAAAAUCCAAUCGAACUAAAAGUUAUUUUUCUAGAAAUGGUUUACCUAGACCUAUAUUCUGACAAAGUUUGGGGAUUUUCGAUUUUUUCAUUUUGCACACCCCCAGGCGAUAUUUACGGACGGCCGCUCUUAAUUUUGUUCUCUAAAAUUUGACUGAGGUAAUGAGAGUUAUACAAAGAACUCUACAAACUCGAUUAUUUGUUUUUUGUUGAUGAUUUUUGUUUGUUUGUUAGUUCUUGUUGUCGCUUUUCAUCACAUCCGACACGUUUGACCGAAAUGGAGUCUUUUUUUCGUCUUUUUUAGGAUGACGCUUGAUGUGCUUUAAACGGGUUGAGAAGAAUCAAGAUGUGUUGCUGAGGACGACGUGGCUGUUUAACUUCUAGUCUCCUCGUAUCGAAGAUUUCUAAUUAAACACUGCUGAGUUUCUUAGCAAGCUAGCCUCUCCCUUUAGAGCUCGCCUACACGGUACACUCCUUGGUUAAAAAACUGUUGGCAGCUGGUUAUUCUCGUCGUACAAAACCCAGUUGCAGAUCCAGACCUUUGUCUCAAUUGUGUUUUCGUGCCCUCAGGCCCCAGUUUGGUUUAAAAAUGCGGGGGAGGGGCCUCCCCUGCAGCCGCCACUGAAACCACCGUGCAAGUUGAAGCAAGGGACGCACUGGGGCAGAAAAACAAAAACAACACAAAACAAAGCUAAGAGCUCAUAGAAUUCGAAAUGGUAGGUUUUGUUUUAAUUUUCAUGUUCCAGUGCUUCUUUUGCUCUUCAACAUGAGUUUUAAUUUGUACCGCGUGAAUGGUUACAUACAGCUGCAAAGGACCUUUUACGGGAUACAACUUAGAGACUCAGAUAGAUCAUUACAUAGAGAGAUUAUUCGGAAAUUCGUAAGAAGGCCAAUUAUAUAUGUGGUCACCGAUAAUAUUAAGAUUUUAAGGGCUGAUUGUAUUCUAACAUUUAGAAAAUUUAAGUGUUCGUAUGGGAAAACAACAAAACUUUAUUUCUUUUUUUGGAUGAUAACAGAUAAAUUACACGUACAGACUACCUGCAAAUAGCGAAGCUAAUCGAGGCAGCCAUGAAGACGUAUCACAAGACACUUAAAUUUCAAUAUUUUAUACAAAGAAAGUUACAAGAUAAUAAAUAUGGCAUUACAGUUUAAAUACAAUAAUUACUAUAAAUAUGUUAAUCAUUAAUAAAUAAGAGGCUAGAGGAAUGAUAAAAAGACGUAGGGUUACCGGUUUACGAAGUCUCAAGCACUGGGAAUAUAAAUAAACCGUUCUCGACCGUCAAGCGUGUGGACUAGCGACUACUGACAUGACAAGUCAAGUAUUUUUGGUGUCUUCCUCUUAUUUAAAACUCGAUCGCUCUUAUGAGUUUAAAACCUUUAAAAAUCGUAGUGCCACCACAUUUUUUACCCCUUUCUAUCUUUCGUAUUUUUAAGUUUGUAUACCACCGAUUUGUAUCCCAUAAUUUUUAUAAGAAGAGUCACGUGACCCCAGGUAAAAAAAAGCCCUAAAAGCCCAUGAAUUUAAGUCACAUUUCGUGUAUUCCUUAUUAAUGUAAAGUACAAGGCGUAACGUUAACGCGUAGUUUUAAAGUUGAUAGAAACACUCCGGCUCAAUAGAGUACCGAAGUGUGACGUCAUAAAAAAUGAAAUUUGUGAAAUUAUGGGAUUUGUUAAGCUAUUCUGAAAGAACAACGUCCAAGUCGCCUACUCGCCAAAAAUUAGCAAUUUGGGGCAAAUUGUCUCUGAGAUAUUAGCCCAGUUAUGCUCCGAUGACUCCAUACAAAUCCUUCUAAAUUUGGCUUGGUUCAUAAGAUUAGGAACCAGGUAAGAUUUAGAAGGAUUUGUAUGGAGUCAUCGGAGCAUAACUGGGCUAAUAUCUCAGAGACAAUUUGCCCCAAAUUGCUAAUUUUUGGCGAGUAGGCGACUUGGACGUUGUUCUUUCAGAAUAGCUUAACAAAUCCCAUAAUUUCACAAAUUUCAUUUUUAUGACGUCAUCACUUCGGUACUCUAUAGGCCUUUUUCAAGAUAGCAUCAUUUUACUCGACCAGAGUCCUAUUCGUUUUUCCUUCAAGUUCAUAUUAAUUUUGGUAAAUAGCAAAAGUCUUAAUUUGAACACGAAAGCAAAACCCUGUAGGAUAUAUUCUGGUCGUAAUAGCAAAAUGAUGUCAUUGUGAAAAUGGUAUGUAUUCAACUGUAUGGAACAUACGAAAUACAUUGAUUAACAACAUCCCUCGUCGAUUUGAAUUUUCUGAAAUCGAACAUGCAAGCCAAAUUAGGAAAAAUGCGCUUAAUACAAAAGCAAUGAACUCUCGUUCUAUUCUUUGUCAGGCUUUGUACAUCGAAUGGAAAACCGUGUCUCACUGACGAACUUUGACUUAAGUAGCAAACUAAUAAGUAUGCGUGAAUAAAUGCGUUUGUUCUCAGUUUGGUGGAUUUGUUCAUGUUAAUAAUCUUUAUUAUCAUUCCAUGCAAUUUAUUCUUCCUUUUCAUAAGCCGAAAGCCCAUCUCGUGACCUGCAAAUAACUGCCAUCAAAUAAUGGUCUGCUUAUGCGCAAUGUCGUCCACUUGUGUUUGGCCGCAAAAAAUAUUCUCUGUCUUGCGAUGGUUCUUGAGUGAAAAAAGGCAGAUCGCUUUGCUUUCCGAAGAUAUUCAUAAAAAAACAAAGAAACAAACUUGGUGAUCGAAUGAUAAAACAAUUAUUAAAACUCGGUUAUCGCAAAAUAUCGUGAUUUGUCAGUGGUGAGCAGAUCAAUUAACUUCAGCUAACACCUCCUGAUUCAGUUUGUAACGCUGACUCAACAGCCUUAAACAUUUUCUUUUCUUACCGGAGUGACUAUUUAUAAUGUCCAGUGAGAAAAAGAAUUAGGACACGUUCGCAAGACUGUAUGAAUUGUCCGUAAAAUAACGUUUCUGGCAAGGUUGCCCCCAUUUUGUAUGAACCGGAGCGUACUUCGAUCCUUAAAACUAUUUUUUAAUCUUCAAAAACUGUCACUUAGCCUUUCUUUUCUCGAAUUCCAGUUUCAACGUAGCUCUUAAAAAUACUGCAAACUUUUGAACUUCGCUCCAGUAGGUAGUUUAUAAUUGAAUGAACCUCUUCUCCCCUUUGAAGCCCGAUACAAAGUUCAGGUCUAGAUUAGCGUGUUGCUAUUAUUGACCCUUGCCUAUCGUAAAAACGUGGCAUUGCAUCUUGCUUUACUAGCCAAUAUAUUCUCACCUGCAUUGUUUGUGUAUUAACAUGACUCCAGUGUUUACACCUAGAGUCAAGUUCAAAGAAAUUUUGUUACAAUUGACCCAAUCUGAACAAACAUAUAAAAGAACACAAUAAAUUAUCAUUUCUUUACUGCCUCAGAUCCUUUCCUUGAAAUAGAAGAAAGAAAAACCAACAUUUAUUUGUCAAUCCCUUGAAAUUAUUCUACUUCUUAUUCAUCCCCUUCAGUUGCUUUGUUUGCCUCAAUAAUACAUGUCUCUUCCUUGAAUAGCUGAUGAUGUCAUUUGAGACUUAGCAUAUUUGGCGUGAAUAGCAUUUCGCUGACACAGAACAUGUUUCUGUCACAAUCCUGAAAUAUAUCAUGUUACAUGUUCUAUACAGUUGAACUAAUACAGCUAUCAUCCACAAUCCCUGGCUAGCUUUCGAAUAGUAUAAAAGUUGAAUUUUAGUAGAAUAGUUGCAGUAAGACGGUUUCACCUUUGUCGUGGAGAACAUGCAGCUUGCUUUGCUAUUCCUUCCGCUACUGAUUACAGGGACUGCUCUUGGUGAAGUUGGAUGGGAAGAAGAUGAAGAAUACGAAGAGGAAGAAGAUGAUUCGCAGUUCGCUGAGGUAAUCGCCGAAACAGAUACUUCCUUGAUCCGGUUAAGCUUUAAACAAAAGAUAAACUUGGGCUGCCUCCAAUUACAUGUAUCGUCGGAUAUUCAGACUAGAUCAUAUUCAAAAAAAUGUAGUUUCGUCUACUUUAGAACUUCCUAACAAUCUAGUUGUAAAUUGCCCCUUUAUACAUACCUACAAAAGUUAAACGAAAAAAAUUAAAUGCUUCGGUCAAUGUUUAGUCUCACUCACACUGAUGAAAAUUCGUUCCUCUCUCGAUGCUUGCAGAACUACUUAAGACAAUACCAUUACUUAUCAAACACCAGGUCAGGAAAUCAUGACAGUACCACAGCAAUAAAAAAUUUCCAGAAAUUCUUUGGACUCGAACAAACGGGAGUCUUGGACGAUGCAACUUUAAUGCAGAUGAGAAAGCCACGAUGUGGAGUCCCGGAUGUAGAUAUCGGUGGAGAGCGCCGCAAACGUUACUCCACAGGUAGCAAGUGGUUCAAGACUGAUCUGAAGUAUUACCAGGAGUUUGGGGACGAUAUGUCACACGCUGAUCAGAUGAGGAUCAUAACCCGCGCUUUUAAAUACUGGAGUGACGUCGCACCGAGACUAAAAUUUACCAGAAUCAAUAAUCGAGGCCAAGCCGACUUUUGGGUGAGGUUAGUGGUCUCUUUGUCUUAUUUAAGAUCAAUAAUUGUUUAAAAUCGACUCAAUUUCGACCAGAUUAAAAAAAAAAGGGCUCGGGUCUUUGAAGACAAUCAUUUUUUUUUUCUUUAACAAAAUCAAUAUCAAUAAAUUCCUUGCAAGUGUCCUGAAAAGAAAGGGUGUUUCUUUGGUUCUUAAGUGUUAGGAAACAAUUAAGGCCAGAUACUUUGAAUCGUGUUACAUGAUAAGAUUUAGUUCGUAGUAACAUGGACACUGUUUAAGUCAAAUGUAAAUAUUUUUGCGACAACAGUUCUGAACCGUAUUUUUAACUCAUUUCAGCAGUUUGAUACUCGAGUACUCCGCCGAGAUGGUUUUCAUAGUUUUUGAAUUAACUAAAGACUCUUCCUUUAGGACAACGCAGUAAUUUAAUUUCCGUUGUCCAUGAGACUAACAAUUUCUGGUUAGCAACACUGCGUCUGCUGCUAUUCGCUGAAAAUCCGAGUGAUUCGUUUAUUCUCAGUAAGCAUAUAUUCAUGUACAUUUAAUUAGGAAGUAUUUCACUAAAGAAUCAGCAGAAGUUGCUGUUCAUGCAUUUGUCACAUCGAAACUAGAUUACUGUAAUCCAUUAUUAUACGGCCUACCUAAGUAUCAGUUACAAAGAUUGCAGUAUGUACAAAACACGGCGGCUAGAGUUGUGUUGCAAGUGAGUAAGUUUCAGCAUAUCACACCUGUUUUGUGUGCGCUUCACUGGCUACCGAUUCAAUAUCGUAUUAUUUUCAAGAUUCUGCUCGUCGUGUAUAAAUCACUGAAUGGGACAUCGCCUAGCUAUUUAGCUCAAAAACUACAUUAUCGUCCUCAUUCUAGAUCAUUGAGGUCUGUUAGUAAUGAACUUUUAAUGCAAACUAGAUCGUAUACCAAGACCUACGGAGAUAGGGCAUUCGCUGUUCAUGCACCAAGAGAAUGGAACUUAAUACCCUAUGAAAUUCGGAAGUCCAACACCAUCUCGAGUUUUAAAAGAUCACUUAAGACGUACUUGUUUACUAAAUUCUGUGAUAACGGAUCAUUGUUUUUAUAAAUUUGUAUAUAUUGCGUUAGUUUUAAUUUUUUCCCUUUUUUUUAUCAUUAUGAAUAUGGUUUAAUAGUUGUUUUAGUUUCAAUUUUUCCUUUUUUAUCCAUUGUAAAUAUAUUAGGAUAUGGUUGUAAAUUUGUAAAUAUUUUUCAAUAAUGUUGUUUACAUGAUUGUAAAGCGCCUUGAACAUAGGAUAAGAGCGCUAUAGAAAUAAAGUCAUUAUUAUUAUUAUUAUUAUUAUUAGCUUUGGACGCAAGACCCACUCUGGUGUACAGGGAGAACGUCAAUGCGGUUCCCCAUUUGAUGGACCAGGGAACGUCUUGGCGCAUGCAUAUUUUCCACCCGAUGGACGAAUCCAUUUCGAUGAUGAUGAGCGAUACUCCGAGUUUGGAAGUUCGUCAGGGUUUUGGUGGUGGAAAAAACAUACUUGGGGACUUUUGUGGGUAGCUGUACACGAGAUUGGACACGCAUUGGGUCUACAUCACUCUGAUGUUAAAGGUUCAGUGAUGUGGCCUACAGCAAGCAAAGGAACACCGAAAUUGCACCAAGAUGACAUGAAAGGCAUAAGGUCGCUGUACGGUAAGUUUUCAAUCACUCAUCUCAUCAACCUCCUUGAUUUAGAAUUUUGCUCAAAUUCAUCAAGCGCUGAAUGUUACUAA